CCCGCACCCCGGGUCUGCCCGGUGCGGGUGCAACCUUGUAAUCCGAAGCUCGAAGUAGGCCCGUGUUGACUUCUGCAUUACGGGAUAUAUAAUUUCCCAUAUAUGUUGACUAAAAACAGCCCUUUCAAUGGAUCCCACGAACAUCUUGAAUCGUACGAUGUUCUGGUACAAAGUAGCGGUUAUUUUUGUUGUGAUAUAUAUGUUGGUUUUUUGGCCUUUAUAUUACUUCUAUUUACUUUAGUACAUGGCACACGUAUGGAUAAACUAAAGCACUUUUACAAACGAAUAGUUAUUCACAUGUUUCUAUAGCAACAAACAAUAUUUUUUACCAUUUCUCUCCAGACCCCAUCAAAUUAAUUCCAUGCACUUUAAUUUUUGAUAUUCCUAGUUAUUUAUUUUAUUUUUGAAGUAAUUUAUUACCUAUUUUGUAUAAAAACAGAAACAAUUUAACAAAAAUGGAAGAGGAAGUUGAAGAAGUAGAACAGGGUGAACAAAAUGUUAAUCAAGAGGAGCCUGAAGAAACAGAAGAAAAUACUGUGGAAGAAUUGGUUCCACAAGCCUCCAAAAAGAAAAAGAAAGAUGAGAGGCAGUAUCAGUUAGAGGAGGAGGAAGAAGAAGAGGAGGAGGAGGAAGUAGAAGAAGAAGAAGAAACAAAAUCUCUCUUUGAGCAACUUUUUGAUAGUUAUCAACAGGUGACGACGCAGCUGCAGGGGCAGGACGGGCUGGAGAACGUGCUGCAGGAGUACGAGCGGCUGUUCGACGCGGCCAAGGACUGGUACGAGCUGGCGGAGGCGCGCGAGGGCCGCGCUCACGCCCUGCAGGUGGAAGCCGAGGUGCUGUGGGGCGACCUCAUCGAUUUAGAAGUGCUUGAGAGUUUAGAAACGAUAUAUGAGCAUUACCGAGAUGAUAAUUUUCUUUUGUUACCUCCUGAUGUUGCUCUGUUCAUCGAUGAAGAUACGGGUGACGUAACUAAAGAGGACAUGAAUCAUCUGCCCUACUGA